CUUCACUUCACCUGUUCAAAAUUUUCUUUUUCGUUUCUGAUUUUUUUAAUCCCUUUUUCGUAGGAUUCUCAGGAAAAAAAAAAAAGGGUAUUUAGUGAAAGGUAAGGAUGUUAGAGCAGUUGCUUAUUUUCACUAGAGGAGGAUUAAUCCUCUGGACAUGUAAAGAGCUUGGAAAUGCUCUUAAAGGAUCGCCAAUUGACACUUUGAUUCGAUCUUGUCUUUUGGAGGAACGAUCUGGUGCAGCAUCUUACAACUAUGAUGCUCCUGGUGCUGCAUACACCCUUAAAUGGACUUUCCAUAACGAGCUUGGCCUCGUGUUUGUUGCUGUGUAUCAGCGGAUCCUCCAUCUACUGUAUGUUGAUGAACUGCUUGCAAUGGCCAAGCGUGAGUUUUCUGAAAUUUAUGAUCCUAAGCGAAUGAACUACAAUGAUUUUGAUGAAACUUUUAGGCAGCUUAGGAAAGAGGCAGAAGCCCGAGCUGAAGAAUUGAAGAAAUCCAAACACGUGGGUAAGCCUGUAAUUGAUGGUAAGAAACAAGGGCAAGUGAAAAAAGGUGGGUUUGAAGGAGGAAAUAAGAAAAAGAGUGAAGCAAAUGAUGGUGGUGAUGGUGAUACUGGAAAAAGCUAUAAAUUGGAGACUGGACACUCCAAUGGUAAUCAUGUUAAUAUUGAAGGGUCUAGGGCAGUUGUCGCUAACAGUAAAGAAAAUGCGAGCUCCAAUGUUGGAGCUUUUGAUGUAAGCAAGCUUCAGAAGCUUAGAAGUAAAGGUGGAAAGAAAACUGAUACUGUUGUUAACAAGGGUUCCAACGUGCACCCAAAGAAAAAGAUAACAAAAAAGAAUAGGGUUUGGGACGAUUCACCUCAAGAGUCAAAAUUGGAUUUUACAGAUCCUCUGGAGGAGAAUGGGAAUGAGAAUAUAGAGGUUGUGGGAACUGAUCAUGGUGAAAGCAUGAUGGACAAAGAAGAGAUUAUCAGUAGUGACAGUGAGGAUGAAAGUGAGGAAGUGGGGAAAGAGAGCAAGCCUGAUACUAAGAAGAAGGGAUGGUUUUCAUCUAUGUUUCAGAGUAUUGCAGGAAAGGCAAAUUUGGAGAAGUCGGAUCUGGAACCAGCUCUGAAAGCUCUCAAGGAUAGGUUGAUGACCAAAAAUGUGGCUGAGGAGAUAGCUGAGAAGCUUUGUGAAUCAGUUGCGGCCAGUCUUGAAGGUAAAAAGCAGGCAUCUUUCACGAGGAUAUCUUCAAAAGUGCAGGCUGCAAUGGAAGAAGCUCUUGUUCGUAUAUUGACUCCUAGGCGCUCUAUUGACAUAUUGAGGGAUGUACAUGCUGCCAAGGAACAGAGGAAACCAUAUGUUGUUGUUUUUGUUGGUGUCAAUGGGGUUGGAAAGUCCACUAAUCUAGCUAAGGUAGCAUACUGGCUCCUGCAGCAUGAGAUCAGUGUUAUGAUGGCUGCUUGUGAUACAUUCCGGUCAGGAGCUGUUGAGCAGCUGCGCACUCAUGCACGUAGACUUCAGAUACCUAUAUUUGAAAAGGGCUAUGAGAAAGAUCCUGCCAUUGUAGCAAAGGAAGCAAUUCAAGAGGCAGCACGCAAUGGUUCUGAUGUGGUUCUUGUUGAUACUGCUGGUCGGAUGCAGGAUAAUGAACCGUUAAUGAGAGCUCUCUCAAAGCUCGUUUACCUCAACAAUCCAGAUUUGGUCUUGUUUGUUGGAGAGGCAUUGGUUGGAAAUGAUGCCGUAGAUCAACUAUCGAAAUUCAAUCAGAAAUUAGCUGACCUCUCUACUUCACCCAAUCCAAGACUAAUAGAUGGGAUUCUUCUUACAAAGUUUGAUACAAUUGAUGACAAGGUUGGAGCAGCACUGUCAAUGGUUUACAUCUCCGGUGCACCAGUCAUGUUUGUUGGCUGCGGACAAUCUUAUACGGAUCUCAAAAAGCUCAAUGUGAAAUCUAUUGUCAAGACACUUCUCAAAUGAGUGGUGUCUCUAAUUCUUGUUUGUUGGGUGAAUGCUGUUCUUUCCCUUGGCAUGCUUUCAAUCCUGUUAUGAACAGUUUACAUUCUGCCAAAGUUCUAUGUUUGUCCUGUUCUUUUCUUGUUUGUUCUUGGAGGUGUUGAUGUUAGUUAUUGAUAAGUGUUGAUCAAUUUUAUUGUUA